AUGAGUUUUUUUGAGGUUUUUGCCCCCGUUUCCUAUCGAAUUCAUCCAAAACACUCCACAAAUCCCAUUCCGAGCAGUUCUAGAAGUCUUGCUCGGAGUUAGUACAGGGCUCAAUUAAUUUCGAGCCCACUAGUCAUUGCCACUACCAGGAACCUCGGUAGGGACACAGUUUUUUACGAAAUUGUGGACCGCGGAAUACCGCCUGGAUUUGAUUGGAAAACAGUGAUGAGCAAGACCUGAGGUUCCCAUAUAGAACUGCUCUUCAGCCACCGAUUUGGGUGGAAUGGGAAGACGGGACCUGGUUUUGGAUGAGCGAAGGAACUUGAUUGGAAAUUGGGGCAUUUGUCUUUUUGAGGAAAUUCGACCUGCACAUUUAAUGCUUUUUUUUUUUCAGAAAAUCGCUCAUCAAUCAGUCAGCUCGCCGGAAAAGUUGGAUCUGGAAGUUGGCUUGUGCUUGUGAGUUUUUCCACGCUAUAUCCGAUUAUUAUUCAAAAAAAACUUCAAUUUUCAGAUCAACUAUCGAUUUUCUGAGAUCUCGUGCCAACUUCCAUUUGAACCGAUUCGAAAUCUGGAAAUCUGAAGAAUUGCGAACAUUUUGAAGUUAUGCAGUGUUCCUGAGAGAAUUGGGAUUUUCGAACAAUUUGAACGAAGACUAUGCACCAAUUUUAUCGCUGAAAUUGUUUUGAGCACACCGAAAAAAAUAAGGUAUGUCGUAGAAUUUGUUCAAGAAGUGAAAGAAACUGAGAAUUUCUGGAAUUGCAAUUUGAAACUGACAAAACGUUCAUUUUUCUCGAUUUUUUUUUUGAAAAUUACUCCGAAUUUUUAAUCUAGCUAAAUUUCAUGGAUAAAAAUGAUAAAUCGUGAUUUCGUAGUUACUCCGAAAUCGCGAUUUUUUAAUCUAGUGAAUUCUUGAAUUUUAUGUAUGAAGAUUUUUGUGAAAACUCUAAGUAGAUUUCUAGUUUCAUUUCUUCAAAAUUCUCCUAGAAAUCCCAAUUUUCUGCAGGAAUGGCGAGUUCGUUCAAUUUCGUCAAAAAAAUCUCCAUCUCCGAACCUAACACAUUUAUGUCAAUUCGGACGAUGUCAAAGACACUCGAUACGCCUACAUCCUCCCCAAAAACAUCGUCAAGAAGUUCAUCACAAUCUCCGAACACAAAUCACCGGUUUGAUAUACGGUACUUCACCGUCGAAUAAUCCAAAAGUCAAAGAGAUUCGAUGCAUUGUAUUGGUCACCAAUAAUUGGUGCCACAAACUGGAAAUCAUCAACAAGUUUAUUUGCCAACACAAUUGCCAGAUCUUGAAUUGUUGCGGGAUUUCGAGCCGCAAGAUGCGACGAAUCAUGCCAAGGUUUCCCUCGAAAAUCUGGCUUCAACAUUUUGGUGAGUGAUUACCUAAAGUUUCAAAAUCCCAGGAUGAUAUUCGUUACUUCCUGAUUGUUUUUCUUGGUUUCAAAAAAUAUAGAAAACUUAUUCACAAUUUUUGAUAAAUACCUAUUUUUCCCGGAUUUUUGUAGUCCUGAAUGUUUCUGGAUUACUGUAGUGUUUGGUGUCAAACAUUACAGAAAAAACUACUACUACUGUAAUCUUUUAAAAAUGUUGUACAUAUCUAAUAGAGUUCAAUUUUUUUUUGUUAAAGCAACACCCUCGUAUAAUAGGCACUUUCUUGAAAAAAGCCCAAAGGUUCUCAAAUCUUAGAUUUAGCUUAGUUUUACUGUUUUCUAGUUAGGAGAAAAAAUUCAAAACGUUUGAAUAAGUAGUCGCCGAAAUAUGGAAGCCCAUUGAAAAACUGAAAAAACUCAAAUUCAAACAACGCGGGCUAACGUCAACGCGGAGUCUCGUUGUUUUCUUUUUUAUUUUUUCGCAAAAUUUUUCCGUUUUUUUCGGAAAAUGACAAUUUGCAUGGAAAAAACUGUUUUCUGGGUAUGAAAAAAAUAAAUUGAAGAAGUAUAAACACUAAGAUUCAAUAUUUCAGACGAAAACUAAAUUUUUCAAUGGAAAUUGUGUUUUUUCAGUUUUUGACCGGAAUAUGCAAUAUAAAACUGAAAUAUCAUUGUCAAAAAUGAAAGUAGAGAUAGUUAAGGAUGUUCAGAAAUCAUUGUUACAAUUUAUUUCAUUGUUUUCAGUGAAACAAUUCACUUUUUGUUGAAAAAAAGUUGAAAUGGGUACUGUAGCACACAAUUGUCGUCACAGUGUUUGCACAAAUGUCAUGAAAUUGCGGAUCUGCACAAUCUGCAGGCGAUUUUCAAAAAAAAAUAAUUUUUUUUUUCAAAAUCGGUCAAACUUGAUUGUUUUUGAGUAUUUCUUUUUCAUAUUUCUUAUGAGUAUAACUGAAUAGGUUAAUUUUAUAUAUUUUGGUGUUUGAAAGCAUUUCGAAAUGGCCUUAUUAUACGAGGGUGUUGCUUUAACAACAAUUUUUCAGAUUGCAUCGUUCUCUCAACUUUAUCAUCAACGAAACUUCCGGAAAUAUUUAGUUUGGAAAUUGGUGAGUGAAAAAAAUGACACGAAUUUCUGAAAUAUCCUGUUUGAAACUGAAAACAAUUUUAUUUUUCUCGAUUUCUUUUUGGAAAUCUUGAAAAAUGGUUGAUCUUUCAAUUCCAAAUUGGAAUUUCAGUUGGGAUGCGGAAGCUAUGCCCAAUUUUUGAAUUUUUAUCGAGAAUCUUAAAAUUUUCAGAGCGAUUGCGUACCAUCCAUCAGGAAAAACAUCAUUCGGAGGAAAUCGCUAACAUUCAUCGAAAUGGAAUCGAUUUUGAAACCAACUGA